AUGGAUUAUUUAGAUCAGCUCCCAAUUGAUGGCUUCAACCAUGAUCUGUUUGAAAGGAAUAAAACCCUUUUAGAUCAAGGAGUCGCUCCUAACUCCCUUCCCAGUAAUAAAAAUUUUCUUGCUUUUUCAUUGUGGGUUUUUGCACAAAUUUUCAAAUAGUAAAUUGAGAUCGAAAAUUACUUAACAUUGGAGCUACAAUUAAAAAUUAUGCAAAAACCCAACAUGAAAAAGCAAGAAAUUACUUAUUACAGGGGGUUAAGCCUUAUACAAAAACUGGAACAACCAUUGUAGGGCUAAUGUAUGAAGGCGGAGUCGUUUUAGGCGCAGAUACCAGAGCUACAGGAGGAUCAAUGGUCUUAGACAAGAUGUGCGACAAAUUGCAUAUGCUGGCUCCUAAUAUUUUUGCUGCAGGAGCUGGUACAGCAGCUGAUUUAGAGCAUGUGACUCUCAACAUAGGCUAUAGCCUACAUGCGCUUUUCGCUUGCCCUUGUGCUCAAUCUUUCUUGACAAGCUUGAUAUGUGGCUAGUCACCUACAGAUGAUAAGUCAACUCCGAGUUGAUAAAUCCUGGGGCAAGAAUCCGGCUUUGUCAAAUUGGAAUUGACUCGUCACUUCUAGGUGAUUUUUAAGCUCUAAAGGCUGCAAGAAAAGACUCAGCAUGAAGGCUUGCUUUUGGUGUGUCCACGCUAUAUCAGCUAGAAUUACUCAGAUUAUACUCAGGUCGGCAAAGCAGAGUAAUCACUGCAAUUACUUUGCUGACAGAGCAUUUGUUUAAGUAUGGUGGAAAUAUCGGCGCAUAUCUGAUUGUAGGAGGAGUUGAUGCAAGUGGCCCUCAGUUGUUUAUGAUUUCUGCUGAUGGGACGUAUCGGCAUCAUCCAUUCCAUACCAUGGGGUCAGGAAGCUUAGCAGCUAUGAGUAUGUUUGAAACUGAAUACCGUGAUCAUAUGACUGUAAGGAAUAUUUAGAAAGAAGAAGCUAUGCAACUAGCCGCAAAAGCUGUGGAAUCAGGGAUCUUUAAUGACUUAGGAUCAGGAAGCUCAGUCGAUUUGGUUGCUGUGGAUAAAGAUGGGCACGACCACAAGAGAACGCUGAGAAACUAUAAUCACAAGGCAUAUAAAAGCACAAUUGAAUAUAAUUUCCCAAGAGGAGUUACACGUAAGUUUUACCUUAGCUGUCAAGAAGGAGUAUCCUUUAGUUAUAACUGAAGUCUCAGCAAUGGAUCUCGAGUAG